UGUCUGGGCUGGAGCCCAGCAGGGGUUGGGGCGAGCGGCAGGGAACCCGGGGUGCCACGGAGGGCCAGCCGGGGCCACCGAGCACUGGUGGCCGCAGCUUGGCUUCGGCCUCAUCCCCUGCACAGCAAGAGAGCAUUUUCGGUCCCCGGCAUCUGGGGGUGUCCCCUGGCCAGCUGGGCAGGAUCCAUCCCUCUCCCACAAAGCUGCCCCAGGAGCGUGGCAGCAAGUGAUGACCAUCAUGAGACCGGGCCCUGAAGACGUGCCCCGGCUGGACCUGGGCAAGAAGGUGAGCGUGGCGCAAGACCUGAUGAUCGAGGAGCUCUCCCUGCCGAACAACCGUGGCUCCCUGCUCUUCCAGCAGCGCCAGAGGCGGAUGCAGCGCUUCACCUUUGAGCAUCCCAGUGGCUACAGGGAGCUCCCAGGGCCAGGGGCGAGUGGCUCACAGCGCACCGAGAAAGGUGACCUGGAGGGAACAGCAAAUGAGUGGACGCCAGGGGAGGAUGCCGAGGGCCAGCAGAGUUAUCACUCCGAGCUCCACGUGGCAGCAUCGCCCCAGGGCGGCCCCCCUGAAGUGCCCAAGAAGACAGAGAAAGUCUUGCGGAUGAGCAAAGUCCUCAACCCCGAUGCUCUGGCCCCGGGGUACUCGGGCCCCCUCAAAGAAGUCCCCCCGGAGAAGUUCAAUGUCACCGCCAUCCCCAAGGGCUACCGAUCCCCGUGGCAGGAGCUCCUCGGUGACAAGGACAAGGCUGUGCAUGGCGAGAACAAGCCGCCCGUGAGACCCUCUCUGUGGGACUUCAGGAGCUUCAACAGGACUCCCGCCCCAUUUGACAGAGCACUGGUCAGCGACCUGUUCUUUGUGCCUGCCAUGGAGCUGGAUAACUUGAGUGUUCUGGAGGUGAUUUCCCACAGACGCAACUUCAACAGAGUGCCGCAAGGUUGGGUGCGGAUUCUACCAGAGAGCGAUGAGCUGUAGUACAUGCGCUCCCUUCCCCAUCACCACGGAUGCUUUUCUCGCUCGACUCAAGCAUAAUUUGCACGGUAGGGGAGAGGGGAGUAAGUACUCUUCGUGAAAGCUAAGCUAGUGGUCUCGGGUUGUCAUCUUCUUCAACGGGAUUUGAACAAACUCAAGUCUGGGACCAUUUUGAACUGCCCUUGUACCAGCCAUUUUCACAAGGGCAUUUAGUGCUAAGCUAACCAGCCAAGUUCUCAUCAUUAAUGCAAGCAGAUCCCCGUAAGCUCCUGUACAGCCUGUCCUUUUCCCUGCCUCAUGGAAAAUGGCAGGACCGCCAGCUGCAACACACCAAGCUGUCUCGGUGCUUCUCCACCGACACACAAGACCUGCUCUGACAGCUGGUGCCUUUGCAGAGAAAUUCCAUCUUCAGGACAACUCUACAUCUGUCAUUCCGGUCAGGAUGGCGAGAGGAGGCAAUAAUUGAAGAGCAGCAGCAAAACAAUUUACCAGAAGCAUUGGCAUGUUAAAAGCACUUACCUUGGGCUUGGCUGGACAACAAAAACAAAUGAGGAACUGGCAUCUGCCUGUUUACCAACACAGCACAACCAGGAUGUAUGAGAGAAAAACAUUGGGAGUUGGAAACUUGUGACCCGUUUUCCGCAAGCUACUGGCUAGCACUUGGCAGCUGAUAUUUUCCCCUCCCUACUGCUAUUUGCAUGCCUUGCUUAAACACCUAAGCCCUUUGAUUGACUUACGCCAGGUUUGCUUCAUAUAGUUGGUCAAUAAGGAUCAGGCCUCGCCUGGACCUGCUGCACUGUAGAAUUGCACCAGUCUGAAGAUACUGCCAGGGUAUUCUGGUAACUUCGACAUCAGUGGGAAGGAAAAGCAGCACAGUCGUGACUCCAGAGCAAGCACGGGCUUCUCCGUGAAUGCAAAAAUCAGCAGUGAGGAUUCAGCUACACAAAUGUUUUCAGCAGUGACACAGAGUGAGACAUGCAGCUAACAACAGUCUAUAGGACAGUCAUCAGAACAUCUGGAAAACCCUGCUAACUGCUAACAAAAAUCUCUUAACACAGGCUUUCUGUAAUUGCUUUCGUCAGGUUCUUAAUGUUACCCUUAUUUAAUCUUGCAAAAGCAGGAGCAUCAGGAUAAAAGUUUCUUUUUCCACCACCGUGGUUAAAUCAGGCAAGUAAAUUUUGUGGUAAAAAUGCAGUUAACAGCUACCUCACUUGUGAGGUGUAUUUGUAAUGCUGUGCAGACAGAUGCGCAGAGCAAAUCCCACACAGGGAUUCUGCUGCCGGAACACACCGUUCAGGCAGUAAACUUUCAUUGCUCUGUUCUUCCCGCAGAAGCAGGAGGGGACAAGCAAAUGGAAAGAAAAAGGGUCCGUUCCUUAAACAUUAAAAAUUUAUGAUGCUCAACUGCUGUCCUGUUCCAAACCCAUCUCUCUCCUCCUUUGUCCAUCAGCUGAAGAAGCCGUGUACUCCUGGGGACCUGGCUGGAAAUAAUAAAUAAAUUGCGAUAACGUAAA